CCGGAGGCCUUUGCCAAACCCUUCAUCAUCCGGUAUAUAUAAUUCUUUGAAAUAUCUUGCACACACUCAAGAUGCCGAAAAAGAAGAGUUCAGUCACGAAACUCACCUCACUCUACGAUGCGCUCGAAAUCCCGCAGGAGGGCGAGCUCCCCUGUCUCGGGCACAUUGCAUUCAACAUCGCAUGCACGUUUAAUCAGAGAAUUGGAACGGACGGAAUCGAACCAAUUCUACUCGAACUAAUUAGUGCUACCAAGGAUGGAGCUGCGACGGAUUCGGCCGAGGCUCAGGGGUUGCUCAGGCGUCUGGCCAUCUGGCUUACAUGUCCGAGCAGCCAGCACGAUCAUCAUGUUCGACACAACGACCAUGUCUACGACAAGUACCAAUACGUUGCCUUUGUGCUUGGCGAGAGACUGAUGAGUUGGGAUGGAGGUGCGGAUAGCGAAACACCAGAGAGGACAAGGAGUACCAGACUGGCCGUGCCUGACUUUAGCCUCACUCGACGCCAUAAGCAUAUUGAAUCGAGCGACGAUGAGGGUGAGGAAUUGGAAGACGAAUAUGAAGACUACGAUGGAGGCGGAGAGGAUAGCGAGGAAAAUGAAGAAGUGUCUAAAGUGUCUACCGACGAAUCUACCAUGUCUCGCCGCCAACGACCGAAGCCCGAACGAGAGGGGCCUAUGAUAAACCAGCCGGCCGCUGUCACCCCGAUAAAACAGCGUGGUAGACCAACCAGCAACUCACGGGCCAGCACACCGACAAUGGGACACCUAGUCAACGGGCUUGAUUCUCUAUCGGUCAUCGACGAUGCCUCGAUCAUGUCUCCUGAGUCGACCAUCUCGCCAGGUCCCAGCGAAAUCUUCAGCCCUAUCUCGACUGCCUCGACACCGAUGUCUAUUCCUGACUCGGAGGUUCGUCCGCGCCGUUCUCGCUAUUUAAGAGGCGAAGAUGAAAGUCCAACAAGAAGGCAACGACAUUCAACAGGCGAUGACUACCUCGGCGAUGCCAUGAGGAGAAUGAGAGGUUCUCUAAAGAAAGGUGGGCAACUCGAGAAGAGCCUUCUACUGCGCAACCAAACCUCAGAGAGCGAAAGGUCAACGGAUGACGAGGAGGUUGAGGAGCAACCCACAAGCAAGAGCAAAAAGGCGUCACCUCGUCUCCUGAAAGUUGGAAAUAUGAGGUUUGCUCCAGCAAGUGAGGAUAAGAAGAAUGCGGUGCAACUCGUUCUGAAACGCUUGAGACAGGCCCCGAUGGGACAAAGUCUCUCACCAGGCUGGGUAUAUUGCUUCGCCGAGAAGACUGCUCCUGGAUAUCUCAAAAUUGGGUCCAAAAUAUCCAAGGGCAGCAACGACGACACGACGCUUUCGCUUGAGGACCAGAAAAACGACGCCGAGGUUCGAAAGAGGCUCCAGACGAAGACGGGACACAGGGAGUGGUUCGAGAUUUCGGAGGACGAUGCCCGCGAGGCCGUCGAGGUGUGGGAGCAGUUCAGCAAUCUCAUGCCAUACAACGAUAAAGGGCAGCUGGAAAAAUUCUGGUUCGACUACGCAACGGAUAAGUACAAGUCUUUUGUCGGCUGGCCGCCCGAGGAGUGGUUGUAUGAGUGCUGGGCCACCCUGACAGGCCCGGCUGCGGUUAACCACAGGAAGCAAAUCAGCAAGCUGGAAAGGAAAGAAACUGAACUCACGGAGAGACGGAGGCAAACAGAGGAGAGAAAGAAGGAGCUUGAGCAUGAAAUACAGAGUCUUAAACAAGAAGAAAAAGAGAUUCGGCGGCAGUUGGCUCAGUUGCAAGGGCAGCAGUGA